AUGGAGUGGGACGUAGCAACCGUGAUCAACCCCAAGAAAAAUUGCGAUAAAGGGACAAUUAGAGAGAUUGUUUCCAAGCAUCCGGAGAUCAAUGAGUUGUUGGCAGGCGGCUUAACAGAAGGACGGAUUGAGUACUUUGUGAAAACAACAAAUACAAAAACCAGAAAGAAGGAAACGGAAAAUACCCAGUACCUACAAAUAUCGAUGAUGAUAUGA